AUGUAUCCUGUAAUAGGAGAACUUUAUUUUCCUGUAUUUUUGCUUGUAGCUCAACUUUCUGAUGGGAAGGAGAACACCAAGACAGAGUCUCCUGCUUCUGAGGAAGUGAAGGAGAUUCCUUCACCUUCUUCUAUGAGUCCUGGACUGAUGGUGGAGAGCUCAGGGAGUGUCUGCUCAGGUGAUGCUGAGCAACCUCCCUGCAGUAGUGUGGAGAAGGAAGAUUCCAGCUUUGAGCCAGAAAUGCCCCAGUCCAGCGAAGAGUGCACUGUUUUUCUCCCAGAAAUUACAACACCAGCUGAUGUGAGAUCUGGACUGAAGAGGAAACACUCAGGGAGUGAUGCUGGGCAACCUCCCUGCAAACGUUUUAAGAAAGAAGAGAAAGAGAUCAAGUUACUUGUCAAAGCCCUGGAGGAGCUGAGGCUGGAGAACAGUGUAAAGACCCAUUUAGAAACAUUUGAGUCUCCUGCUUCUGAAGGGAUGACACAAAGUCCAUCAGCAGUAAAAGCAAGAUCUGGGAGGAAAAGAAAGACUCCACUGAGUACCUGCUCAAGUUUUGAACUUCCCUGCAAGCGUGCUAAGAACCUGUCUUGUUGUAAGAUUAGGAUUUUUGUAAUUAUUUCUUUUGGGUACUGUUUCCUUGCUGGCACCAGUGACAGAAAUUGUAAGACACCACCAUUACUACUUAUUGAUUUUGCUGUCUUUAUCCCUUUUUGUUCUCUGGUUGAAGGAUCCAGUGAACUGUUGUUGGAGGGAGACAUACUCUUGCCAAGAGGUAGGAAUGCUCUGGUCUGCAGCGACAGCAGCUGCUUUUGGAAGAAGUCCUCAAAUGGCCUAGUGGAGGUGCCUUACACGUUGAGCAGUGUUUUCUCUUUCUCUGACAGGACCGUAAUAGCCAAUGCCAUGGCCUCCUUCCACAGCAAAACCUGCAUUCGUUUCGUUCCCAGGACAAAUCAAACUUCCUACCUUAGCAUCGAGAGCAAAGAUGGAUGUUUCUCUAAUGUGGGCAGAUCAGGUGGUGCUCAGGUGGUUUCUCUCAGCAGGUUGGGUUGUGUUUACUAUGGCAUUGUCGAGCAUGAGCUGAACCAUGCACUUGGUUUCUACCACGAGCAUACUAGGAGUGACCGUGACAAGUACGUCAAAAUCAACUGGGAAAACAUCGACCCAACCACGCAGUCUAAUUUCGAGCUGAAAAACACCAACAACCUCAACACUCCGUACGACUACUCCUCUGUAAUGCACUAUGGAAGAACAGCUUUCUCCAUUAACGGGCUGGACACCAUCACUCCCAUUCCUGAUCCGUCAGUGAAUAUUGGACAGAGAAAGGAACUGUCCGCCAUCGACAUCCUGAGGAUCAACACCCUCUACAAGUGCUGA